AUGGAAGAAAUCGACAAACAUAUAUAUGAUUAUAAUUUCCAUCAACUCAGACUCCUUAUGCAAUAUCCCUCCAAAUAAAAUCACAUGUAUCAAUUCAUUCAAUCCAACCCCAAUUGGCUUCUCAACAUCCAAUUCGACCAAAUCAAUUUCCUCUACUUCCAACAAUGGCUUACCAAUUUCAUCACUGCCAAUCAAGUCAAUGCCCAAUUCAUCCUCCUCCACUUCCAAAUCCAACCCUAUCGCUUAACCCUUUCAAACUCUCAAGACCUCAAAAUCCACAAAGCCUACCUAAUCUUCGUGCACAACAUGCUCAAAAACCAAAUUAAUAAAGAAUAUUUCCUAUUUCAAUCCUUUUUUAGAGAUCUCACCAUUGAAAUCAUCAGAAAAUCCCUCACCAAUUAAACCCAAGACUGUCUAGAAUGGGUAACCUAUUCCUUUACUAAUAUUUUCCAUGACUCCUAUGAACAAUCCUAUUUGCAAUUGCUCUAUGAUAACAAUAUAGAACUCCUGGAUUUCAUCUUUCAAUUACUACAAAAAACUAUAGAUGACAAAGUCUACCCAUCUCUCAUACACAAUUGCAUCCCCAAAAGCUAUGAUAUUAAGGAACUAUAUUCCAAUCAAAAUAAAAUAGGCAUACAACUCAGUAUCAAAGAUCUGCAAUUCUUGAUGAAUUUAGAACUUCCUCCCUUACAAAAGUUUAAGUUCUACUCCCUCAUCACUUUUAUGGGUGGUUACAAUUCAGAAAUCCAAGCCUUAUUUUAUCCUAAGGAAUACAAAGAAGCCAUACACCAAAUGAGUAUACAGUAGGACGAUGAGCUCAUCUCCGUUUUCCUAAGAUUUAUUGCCAACAUGGUUCAUAUCAAUAAAACUGUUUGGGAAGACCUUAAAAAUAAUGGUAUCUUUUACUACUCAUAUUCCUUAGUAAAUGAUUUAAAACCAAUUAUCCAUUUUACUAAUGUCCAUAACAUGCAUCAAUAAAGGGAAUGGGCAACUAUAAUAAUUAGAAACCUUUGUGAUUGUGAUGAAUUAAGAGAGCAUCUCCAAAAUUUUUAGUGA